AUGUCCAGAAGACCUCUUCACAAACACAGCGUCAACGUGCUUACCGAUACUCCCAAGGCUCCCUCGGCUAAGAUUACAACACCUCCACGAUCAGUUCAUUUAAAGCGGAACAACUCAAUCCUUGAAACGCCUGUGCGUCCCGACCAGUCGCACUACGGCCACUCCAGCGUUCUGGGCAACUUUUCAAUGAAUAACGUACUUUUGUCGCCAGCUUUCUCGUCACCACAGCCCCCGCAGCCUCCCAUCUUCGAUCAUCACCUGCUGCUGUCUCUGUUGGCAACGUCCGACGCAAGCGGCCAUUCCAAUUUGGCGCCUCCACCUCCUUUUGCAGCCAACUUCAGGCCCACCAACCAACCCUCGCAACUGGAUUUCGGAAGCAAUAUCAACAGUGUUUUUGGUGGCUCAGUAAACACGUCACUAGCUUCGGCACCCGCUGUUGGUGGUCCAAACAUUGCUACCAAGAAGAAACUGCGCCCGAAGAAGGCCAGAAAAGAUAAUGGAGAAACCAGCUUCUCCAUCGACUCCCAUGAAAAGCCUCCAUAUUCAUAUGCCACCCUCAUUGGCAUGUCAAUCCUUUCACAUCCUGAUAAACAGCUUACCCUUUCUCAGAUUUAUGCUUGGAUAUCGGAGACAUUCAAAUAUUACCGCCGAGAGGAUGUGGGAUGGCAGAACUCCAUUCGCCACAACUUGUCCCUCAAUAAGGCAUUUGUCAAGGGCAUGAAAUCCAAGGAUGGAAAGGGCCAUUUUUGGUGCAUCAAACCCGAGUGUGAGGAUCUAUUUUUGAAGGCGAAAAACAACAAGAAGAGUCUGUAUCAUGAAGUUAUGGAUCAAUUGGCCAUUGCUCGCCGAAAAAACUCGGCUGCUUCGAUUCCUCUGUCACCAACAAGUGGCAGCAUGGAUGAUAGAAAGAGACCAGAGGAAGACAAGGCGGAGGGACCAUCAAAGCGCCCCAAGAUAGAAGUGCACCCUUCAACUGAUGCACAUGACGACUCUCCUCUAGACAACAACAUCCUCCGAACUCCAAUUGUUCGCACGCAGUCAGAUUCAGAUAAGCCAGUGCUCGCCGAGAAGAACAUGACGUUCACAUCCAGUUUUAGUUGUAAUCUGAAUUUCGAGCUUCUGCCAGCGCACCCAAUUGAAACAGGCCCUCUUCUUGAGCCUCUUACGCCGGCGGCAUUAACCAACGUUGUCAUCCAGCAGACAGGCUCUGCUAGUGGUUAUUCUGGCGUUCAGCUCCCGUCGAUCACUCUCAAUCGUGUGGCACCACCUCAUCUUCCACAGCUUCAGCCGUCCAUGGCAAACAACGCUACACCUCGAACCGCAGGCUCGGCUCGAACACCCAUUGCGCCCAUGAAGACUCCACUCCGAACGCUCAAGACGCCGCUGGGAAGCACUCUAGUGCGAAAGCUCUGGCAAUCUCCUUCGUACCUUGAGGAGUUUUAUCACUCUCCCUUCGGCACGGGGCGGGCGUUGCUUAACUCUUACGACGACGACGAUAUGCUCAUGAGAGCAUUCGACAGUCCAGCCACAUCGAGAGACGGUCGCAUGAACUUGAUUCAUGAGUUGAAGCGUGCCGAUGAUAAUAGAAAUGAUGACGACGACGACAAACGGGCAGAUGCACCUUCAAGUGAUGCCACCGACGUUGACGGAGCAAAUGACUGA